GCGGAAUUCAUUUGAAAUUUCAUUUGAAAAAAUACUCAAAACCCAUACUGGAUGAAUGAGUUAUUAAGAUUUGUUUGGGUUGUAUUAUUGGCUCACCCUUUAGAUAUUUAGAUAAAGUAUAUGAUAAUCAUUGCUGAAGGAUAAAUACUUCAGAUUUUCUAUGUAGACCUCAGAUAACUAGAGGAAAAUGUUGAGGUCUCCGAGCACUCCGUUUUUCUACAAAAGACAUGGCAUUGACUUGAGGGACCUCGUAACAACUGAUGAACUGUACUAUGGUAACGUGUCACGGAUCAUCAAUGUAACAUCAACGGAAUCCUACAGAUUUAGGACCCUCAUACUAAAAUGGCUACCUGGCCAGGAUUAUAGAGUGACAACUGAGACAAUUGGAGAGAAAGUGAACUUCUUUGAAAACCCAGCAAUAAUCCAUGACCUUAUGUACGAGUUGGUUCCACAGGAAGAAGGAGUUUAUGGAGGGACUUACUCUGGCAAUAAGAAAACCACUAACCAUGUUAUAGUUUUUGGGCAGUAUUGGAUAGACUUCAGGAGAUAUUGUGGACUUUCAAGGAGAGCGGAAAGCAUAUUCUAUCAGUCUGAUAUACCAAUGGAUCCACCUCUUUACGUGUGUUCAAUAUACAGUCCUAUAUGGGGGCAUGGCCAGGGUGAAGGUGCAAUCUGGAUAGACGGUGAAAGAUCUGUGCUGCAGAAUUUCAUUACUUUCCCACCACCCUAAUUAAGAUGCAAUAUAUAAAUAUUUACGAGA